CGAGGUUUCAGAUAAGCGUGGGAAGUGACUGUCAGUGACACGCGAGGACUCUAACACCUGCCUCAGUCCACCUGUUUGUUACACGCUGGUUUAUCUCCUAGUCUAACCUUAUUUCCAGUGAGCUCCGAGCACCUGUGAUUGUUUACCGUCCACGGACGUCCUGUCAAGGCUAAACAAUUUUAAAUUCUAGUGAUUAAAAUCAGGUAAACCAGCUGCAGUUGGUGUCUGUGCAGGUACGCUGCUUUUGUAGGCAAGUGUUUCUGAAUACCAGUCCUUUAACACCACAUCGCGAGGCUCUAGGACUAUGAGGAGUUUGAAGGAGCUGUGUUCGGGCCUGCCACUGGACCCCUUGCCCCCACCCGCUGUUCGAGAUGAAGGUGUCGCUCAUGCACCUAUUAGGACCCCAGCGCUGACUCCUGAGGAAGAGCAGCUCGCCCUGGAGAAUUCCUUGAGAUAUUUCCCCCCUCACCUCCAUUCCAUCUUGGCACCCGAGUUUGCUAAAGAACUACGAUUGUAUGGACACGUCUACAUGUAUCGGUUUCGGCCUGAAGUUGAGAUGAGGGCAUACCCUAUCGACUACUAUCCUGCCCGCAGCCGGCAAGCUGCAGCCAUCAUGCACAUGAUCAUGAACAAUCUUGACCCCCAUGUAGCCCAGUUUCCUCAUGAACUUGUGACGUAUGGGGGAAACGGACAGGUCUUCAGCAACUGGGCGCAGUUUCUCUUGACCAUGCACUACCUGAGUGAAAUGACGGAGGAACAGACACUGGCACUGUACUCGGGCCACCCCCUGGGCCUCUUUCCCAGCUCCCCCCGGGCGCCUCGUGUCGUCAUCACCAACGGCAUGAUGGUUCCGAACUAUUCAUCUCGUGAAAUGUACGAAAAGCUAUUUGCACUUGGUGCCACUAUGUAUGGGCAAAUGACUGCUGGAAGUUUCUGCUACAUCGGACCUCAAGGCAUUGUUCACGGUACCACGCUGACUAUACUAAAUGCUGCCCGCAAACACCUUCAUACGGAUAACCUGGCUGGGAAGGUCUUUGUGACAUCAGGUCUUGGCGGUAUGAGUGGUGCUCAGGCGAAGGCCGCUGUUAUCUGUGGAUGUGUUGGCGUCGUAGCUGAAGUCAGCGGCGAAGCGCUAGAAAAGCGCCACAGUCAGGGUUGGCUGCUCGAAGUGACAAAUAACCUGGACACGCUGAUGGCCAGAAUACGGCAGGCAAGGAAGGAGAAUAAUGCUACGAGUAUCGGUUACCACGGAAAUGUAGUGGAUCUAUGGGAACGGUUGGUGGAGGAGUAUGACCGCACCGGCGACCUGCUGGUCGACAUGGGUUCUGACCAGACCUCUUGCCACAAUCCGUUUAUGGGCGGCUACUAUCCCGUUCAGCUGACCUACGAGGAAUCUCGCUGUGAGAUGCACGAGGACCCUGUUCGCUUCAAGAAUCUUGUACAGGAAAGUCUUCGGCGUCAUGUGGCCGCCAUUAACCGCCUGGCUGACCGCGGUAUGUUUUUCUGGGACUAUGGCAACGCCUUCCUGCUGGAAGCUAGCAGAGCUGGUGCAGAGGUCGGGCGGGUGGAUGGUCUGCAUGGCACCCGCUUUCGCUACCCAUCCUAUGUGCAGGACAUCAUGGGGGACAUCUUCUCUCUGGGGUUCGGACCUUUCAGGUGGGUUUGCACUUCUGGUCAGCAGCAGGACUUGGAGAAAACCGACGAAAUAGCCGCUGCAGUACUCGAAGACAUCAUGAAGGGAGAAGUUCCCGAUUCCACCAGGCAGCAGUACAGUGACAACGUAAGAUGGAUCAAAGAAGCUGGAGCCCACAAUAUGGUGGUGGGAUCUCAGGCCCGCAUCCUCUAUUCGGACCAGGUUGGGCGAUGUGCCAUUGCCGCCGCCUUCAACAAAGCCAUCGCUGACGGGCAGCUGCAGGGUCCAGUGGUGAUCAGCCGUGACCACCAUGACGUCAGUGGAACGGACAGUCCUUUCCGUGAAACCGCCAACAUUUACGACGGGACGGCUGUGUGCGCAGAUAUGGCAGUACAGAACGUAAUCGGCGACAGUUUUCGCGGUGCUACAUGGGUGGCUAUUCACAACGGCGGAGGAGUCGGUUGGGGUGAGGUUAUUAACGGAGGAUUUGGUCUUGUAUUAGAUGGAACUCAGGAGGCAGCUGAAAGAGCCAAAGUAAUGCUUAUCUGGGAUGUGAGCAAUGGGGUUGCACGUCGCUGCUGGGCUGGCAACAUAAAAGCAAAGGAAACAAUAUGCCGCACAAUGGAGGCAGAAAGCAGUCUUAAGGUGACUCUGCCAAACCCAGUGGUGGACAUGACUUUACUGCACAGGGCACUUGAAGUAGACCAUUUUUAGAUGGCUUGUUUAUUUUAAACUCAUCAACUUAGUGGAGAAAUUUAUGCAGACCACAAUAGUACAAACAUGUCAGCAAACUUGUCUUGAAGGAUAACACAUGACCUCCAACUGUGUCAGCAUAGCUAGUCAAGCAUGGUACUUAAUAAACUAUCAAAUUACUAAUUAGUCAUUAAUUGAAACAGUGCUAUGAUACAUAAGAUCCUUAAACAAUAUCAUAAAGUACUUGCAUGGCCUGGGACUUAAGUGUGAAAUGGUGCUAAGAAUGCUCGCGAA